AUGGCAUCAAUUGUCACAAAAAUUCUAAGUUCAACAGUGGGUUUACUCGUGAAUAAAGCUCGCGACUCGACUGCGGCUAAACUGAAGGAAGGCGAUGUAACAAAUGCCAAGAUUCGCGAGCUCGUCGUGAGAGAGUUGAACGACGUCAAGACGAAACUCGAUGGUCUUUCCCGUGCGAAUUUACUCAGCAGCUACAACUUCGUAGAAGAAGGAGUAAAUUUACUUAUUGUUUCGAUUAAUCAAUCAAAGCUCGAGCAGAAAGCUUUGCCUUUGGUGAAUGAAACCCAAGAUGAUCAAGGUGAAACAGCAAUGCCGAUUGGCGCCCAGUCUGAGAUCUUGGACGAAGCGUUACUUUCUCACGCCAUGAAAGAGGUAAAGAUAAACUCAGAUAUAAAAGACUUAAAAUCUGCUAAGAAACAAUUCGAGGAAGCGCGUACCAGAGCAACGGAUGUUUUUUUUAAUGAAGCAUUAAGUACCAAAGAUAGGAUCUUGGCUGUGAAGAUACGAAUAGUUUCCGAAAUACUGGAAUAUCUCGAAAGCCCGGAAACCGCGAUUACAGGAUGUCUACUGUUUCUGAAAAAGUUACAUGGCUUACCUACCAUUGAAGAGACAUUCUCGGUGUACCUCAAUGGUGGGAUGAAGUCGUUAGUGAAUAAAAGCGAGCGAGUCGAGAACGUACAAUCCGUAAUGCUGAUUAACCGUGUCUUAUUUUCAGUAUGUUUCGAAAUUCAGCAGUAA